GUACAACAUUAAGCUUACUCAAAAAGUGAUUUCUUAAUAAGCUGUAGGAUAGAAUUUUUGGUUUAUAAGUUUACAGCUCAUACAAAACCUUAUAAAAGUUACCAGUUUUUGUGUCCACUGUGAAGAACCUAAGUUUGAUGGCUUUUCAACCAUAGACAAUUUGAGUUGUCCAGAUUGUAAAAAGAUCGGCGGAUCGCCUGUAGAAUUCGGUGUGGAUUGAGAUGUCGGAUAUCGGCAGCGGAGACGAGGGGAUUUCUAGUCAGAAAUAUCAUGGUCAAGGAAUGGACGCGGGAGGGAACAAUUUUGACUCCGGUCAGCAGCCACAGGAGCAGGAGCUGGCGACGAAGAUGCUGCAGAUCCAAUCCAAGAGGUUCUACCUGGACGUGAAGCAAAACCGCCGCGGCAGGUUCAUCAAGGUCGCAGAGAUCGGCGCUGACGGGCGUCGCAGCCAGAUCUUUCUAGCAAUGUCGACGGCGGCGGAGUUCCGCGACCACCUCUCCAGCUUUAGCGACUUCUACUCGUCGCUGGGCCCGCCCAACCCCGACAACGUCCCCGAGGACGGGAAGCUCAAGUCAGAGAUGAUGCUCAAGGACAAUCGGCGCUACUACCUGGACCUGAAGGAGAACUCCCGCGGUCGAUUCUUGCGCGUGUCGCAGACGAUCACGCGAGGCGGGCCGCGGUCGCAGGUGGCGCUGCCGGCGCAGGGAAUGAUCGAGUUCCGUGACGCGCUCACCGAUCUACUGGACGACUUCGGCACCGACGACGGCGGUUUCAAGGGGGAACUGCCUGAGGGGCGCCACCUGCGCGUGGACAACAAAAACUUCUACUUUGACAUCGGCCAGAACAACCGCGGCAUCUACAUGAAAGUCAGCGAGGUGGUAACAUCGUUACAAGUAAAGAGCAACUUCCGCACUGCGAUCACGGUGCCUGAGAAGUGCUGGACGCGGUUCCGGGACAUCCUCGCCGACUACUGCGACAAGAUGAUGCGGGCGCACCACCACGAGCACCAUGCGGGAGGUGGCGGUCCCAGUUCGCAGCCCCCUCGUUCUGACAUAGACUCAUUAUCGGGCGGCGGCGCUGGCCGCAUUUGAUGCGAGCGGCCGCACUGAGCCGCGCGCGGCCCGACCACCUGUAUAUAGUAUUUUAUAUACGUAUAUAUUAUACAUUCACAUAUAUAUAAUAUAUAUCUAUAUAUACAUAAUAUAUGUAUUUAGUAGUCUAUGUAUCGCCGCGCUACCGACCGCUACACCAAUGUUUAUGUUUGUAGACAAAACAAUUAUUUUAGUUUUCGUAUAUCUUUAUCGAAAUAUUACAAACAUGAUAUAAAAAAAAAUCGAAAAUUCUCAACCUGUGUCUAUUCUUCUUUGCACAAGAAGAAAUUUAUUUUGUCUCUUAGCAGUUAUGGUGCGUUAUAUUACUAAACUAUUAUAUGAUUCUUCAAAAUGUACUAAGUAUUAUGAUAUUAUUUUGUUAAAGUAUGUAAUAUUCCGAUUAAGUUAUUGCAGUCGAAUGAAACGAAAAUGUUUUUGGUAACUUCAACGAGAACUACUCGUAGGAGUUUCGUCAUAAACAGUUUAACAAUAGUGUUUUAGAAACAUAGUUAAAUAGUUCUCGGUACGAACGAAUGUGUAGCUUAAGUAAUAUCGUAUGACUGUAACUCAAUGUUUAUUUAAAGUUCAACUUUAAUAUUUGUGCAGUACGGUUCAGAAUGUAUUGUAAUGUCUCCAAAUGAGUUUUAGUUAAAAACUUACAUCAUUCUGGAUUGUUCUGAUGUUUUGGCAGCUAUUGUAAACAUUUUGGCAUUGUCGUCAGUAAAAUUUUUUUUUCUUCUUAUAUUUUAAUAUUCGUAUUGUUCCCCAAAAGCUUUAAAUCGGAAAUAUGGAUGAAAUUAUUUAGGUCUUUUAUUUUUCAUGGCAACACACGAUGCCAAAUUGUGUUUUUUUUUACUAGCAACACUUUGGUGACAACGGGUCGGUAGCCGCGGUUCCCGAACUAGUUGUAAGGUGAUGUGAUAACAUGUUUGAGCUUCGUCGUUUAUUUUCCGAGAGGGCGUUUCGUCCGAUGGUACUAAUGUUGCUCUUUAUUUGUUGUUGAUCAUUGUACUAGCGUGGUAGGGUUGCGUUUGUUACGUUGGCGUCUGUGCGGUCGAACGGUGUUGCCAGUUAAGUUCGGCGAUAUGCCGAGUUUCGUGGUGGCCACUUCGUUUUACGAUCGGGCAACAUUUUCAGCUUAGCGUUGAUUCUUACAAUAUUCACAUGUAUGCCUUUUAAUCUAAAUUAUUAGUUGGACCGUGGCCCUUCGAGGGCCGUUCGUUUUCUCUGAAACUAAAACUAACUUUAGGCUUUGAGCUUUAUUUUUUUAUAUUAUCGUUUUUUAUUAUUAUUAUAAUUAUUUUGUCUACUACGUGUAAAUAGUUGGCACUCGGCACAUGACCGGAAUUAUGAAGUGACGGCGAUGGACGGAGUCGUAAUUCCAGUUCUGAAGUCAUAUAUUUAUGUUAAGUUUUAUGAUAUUAGGGCGUCAGUGCAUGUGCGUCACUACCGGCGUUUAUUUGGCUACUGACAUGUCUGACACGAUAAACUUGUAAGAACAUAAUAAAAACAAGAAAAAAAAUCUGUUAAAUAUAAAAUGCCACUUAUCUAGUUCGUAGGUGUAUGUGUUUUUAACAUGGAUUAUUUAAUUAUAGUUUUUUUUUGUCUAUACUAAGAUGCAAACAACAGGCACAGAUGUGUGAUGGGAGGGCUGCUUGUGCGGUGAAACGCAUAUGUUAAAGUUUUGUUUGGUAAAACGUUGCUAUUGUAAAGUAUGCUCUCAUAUCAAGACAUUAAGUGCUGUUCUUCGGUGUUGUGUUGGCGCCGCAUAAACAUUUCUCCUAUAGAAUAGGCACCGGGUGUUUACAGGGCGCGUAAUAGGACCAAUUUAGCUUGACCCUCGAUAACCUGCUGCAUGCACGUAGCAAGGGGUCGAGAUAAACUGGCGUUAUUGAAAUCACUAGGUGAGUGCCGCACUGCUGUGAUAUUCUCUAUGCGUACAAUACGUCCGCGUCGAGAAGGUAUAGUAUGCGACGCAAGUGGCCGCCGCCUUAUAAUAUUCAAAUCGGCAGGGUUAUUUCAAAAUUAUUCUCGUUCCGAUACGUGCAUAGGACAUUUAUUAACUAUCAUGGUAUUCGUAGAUGUUAGGUACGUCUAUGCAUUUUUUAUAGAUGAAAUUAGAUGAUAGGUUUUAUAUAACAUAUUGUAUCUGAGUUGGUUCUAUAUACGAUACGCGUUGAAGUUUUAAACGUCGACGCGACACGUUGAGUGAAACUCAAACCUUUUUUGUGAUAUGUAUGAUGAUGAAAACUUAAUAAAAAAAAAGAACAUCCGAGUGCGACUCAAUAAAUCGUUUAGGUAAAAAUUUCUAUGUAUUUUAUAAAUUAUUUCGACACUGCCAGCAGAUGAUUCCGGAUAUGAUCGCGGUCGAGUCACGAGACAUGUUUUACUCUUACAUAAUUCACUCGAAAGGCUAAUAUUGAUUUGUGAAAUCAAAUUAGACUUAUACGUCAGAGCGCUUAUAGGUAGUUACCAAAUGGUACUUAAAAACAAAUAUUAUGUACGGUGACUUGAAGUGAGGGAGAUGGUCAGAUAUCUGCGUUGUAUCCGCCUUGAGUUAAAAAGGAAAAGAGAUUAUGGUACUCAUACCGUAAUCUCCUCUCCCAAGAUAGAAGAAGGGAACAUAGGAAAAGUAGCGAAGGUAGGAGAGAUAAGUAAAGGUCGGGAGAAGUUUGGUAGGAGAGGAAGGUAAAAAAAGGGUUAGCAGAUAGGAGGGUAGAUAGGGGUGGGGGCGGCGGCCCGCUCCGGAGAGUAGGUUAAGUUUGGUCGUAAGCACCCUGUGUGAUGCGCUUAGGGGAGAUGCUUUUCGCGAGUACAUCGAAAACAAGCAAAAUUCACUUCUAUAUCGCUAAUAAGAGAGUCUAAAAUCGUUCUAUUCGUAUGAAAUCGUGCAGUUUUUAGCUGCAACUCUUUCUGAACAACGAAAUUUUGCCUUUUUGAAUGAUUUCAAUAAUCAGAAGUGCGUUUCACUUUAUACAUUUAUUUCACUUACCGGCUUAAGAUCAUUAAGCUUAACACUUUAUAUUGAAUAUGUACACAUGGCAGCAUCUCCCCUGAGCGCGCGUGUAAGUGCGUAUGUAUAUAUAUAAUAUAUUACUUGUGCGUGUGUGCGUGUGUUUGUGUGAAGCAGUAUCUUGCACCUAGUACGGUUCGUACGUGCCUACUUUUGUAUUCAUGCAUUUUUACCCGUUUCUAUAUUAAUAUUCAGUUUUUUUUCCGUUAAUAAUAGUAACCGUGGCUACAAUCACCCUGGAGAUGUUUUCACCUUUUAUUUGUAGCUUCCGGGCGUCGUCGUGGUCACUUAGCGGUUAUUUUUUAUUCAAUAAAGAUUUCAGUUGCUAUCUGGGAUCCUAAUUACCGCAUUUUUAAGGAAUACAGAAACUAAACCAAUAUUGUAUUGGUUCCAUAUUCGUUUUCAAAAUGUCUGCUUUCAACAUGGUUUGUUUUUAGUUGUUUGCUUUUACAUUUAUAUACGUUAUAUGAUAUCGCUUUGUGAUUGUGACGCAAUACGCUGUCUCGAUGCAGAUAGGUCAAUGCUUUACGAUGAAUUUGAUGCUUUAAAACAUUCAACUUUCUUUCGCUAAUUAGCAAUUUGACUACAUUCAAGUGCAUUACAAAUCGAGCUCUUAUUACUAAGCAAUACAGGCGCUCAGUAUAAAAAAAAUAUAUUAAAAGACAAAUUCUUUAAGACAAGUUGCGACCUGUCUGUAUCUGAUUAGACUACGGUUUUUAUAAACAAGCAUCUGACGAUAGUUUAAUGUGUUAUAAUAGCUUUGUUAUACGUUACUUUGACCAGAACCUAUGCAUGAGAAUGUGAUGGGAGAAUCAUAUCUUUAAACUUUUUACGUUACACGUUGUUAUCACAUGACUGUUGUACAUAACAUCUUCUUGCUUAGCGCUUUAUAAGUGCCUGCGUAGUUAUUGCCCCUAUGUUUCUUUUAAAUAACAAUUGUAAAGACAUCUUUUUUAUAUAAUGCAACACUUGAUUUCUAAGUAUAUCGUUUUUCUUAAUUUCGUUAAGAGCUGUGGUGAUAUAAGUUAAAUGUUUCGGUUAGUUGCGAGGUUUUGUCUCUUUCACUCGUCGACAAUUCGACCUAAAACUGUGCGCAGUUCGAAUAUAAAAAGUUUCGCUUACUCAGCGUCAGGUCGAGUCAGCAGUGAAGUAAGCCCGCUUCGCGAUUGUGAACUCUACUACCUACUGUUAAUGUUAAAUUUAGAUUUACAUCCGCUCGUCAUCGUACGUCAAAUCGACGUAGAUUGUUGCAGGGCGUGCGUUCCGAUGCGGACGAAUAUUGACGACUUAUCUGCAGAUUGGUGGCCAAUGGAUGGCGCAGGACAUCUUUUUCCUUUGUGGAAACUAAAGUUAUUUUAUAACUGAUUUUGUGGGAACUCUUUUUUUGAGUUUUAUCAAAUUCUUAUCACCCACUGCGCCUACAUUGAACGCGUCCAAACUGCGGGGGUCGUGCAAACGCAGUAUCUGUAAAAUAGUUUAUAAUCACCCUUAUGGAACAUAGAAAUAGUGCGACGUUUUAGAUUGCCACCUAUAAAGACAAUCUAGCGCCUCUCCUGUAGACGGGUGCAGUCUAAACCGGUCCUAAAGUAAGUUGAUUUACAGUACAUUUUCCUCAGACCAUUUUGCAUAGCGUGACAUAAGUCGGCAUACGUCCGUUAAAGAGUUACAUUAUAGAUGAAAGAAAAAAAGUAAUACUAUUUAAAAUACAAUAAAAAAAAUCUCUUUCUAUUACGAGUAAAAAUAAAUAGAAGUUAUAUUAGACCGAGGGCGGCGCGGUUCAUUCGUUCUAUUUCGUAAGUUUAGGGUAGUUUUUCGAUAGCUUGGGUUCCUCGGUGACGUGAGGGGUCGUCGCGCGCCUAGUCCGUGUUCCGUAUCGACUGUUGAGGCUCGCGAGGAGGCGCACAAAUUCAUAAUUAUACCGAAAAAACAAUGCUCGAAUACUACUUGAGGCUAUGGAUUCACAUACCUAAUAAAAUCCUUUGAUAGUAUCAAUUUCCUAAACACACCGAUUCCACCCGUAUACUGUUAACGAAAGGUUGUAACUUGUGCCUCCCCGCGACAUGUGGCUUAAUUUUAACAACAAUUUUAUGGUACAAAAAGUAAUUUUAGUUCCAUAGAUACAAUUAAGAGCUACAGAUGUUAUAUUUAGAAAUACGAAUUAUAUCCAUCGCGAUCACGCAAUCGCGAUUAUAUUGAAUAGUGUGUUAUACGUCAUAAUGCUAGAUAAUGCGUGGGUAUUUUAGUCGGCGUAGACAGCAGUGCACGGUCCGUGGGUGUUAAUUUUGAAAGGAUUUUGAUUUUGUCGUGUCGAGCCGGCAGUUUUUUGAUAAUCUUAGAAUACAUGAAAAUAGUUACUGUUAGGGCGCCAAUGUUAGUUUCUCCCGUUGAGUAAAGUAUGUAGUUUACGUAAGUCAUUAUAGAAUGUUUGUUUUCCUUAUUGUUUUCGUGGAUAUUCGCAUGUGUCGGUAGCGGCUCGAGUGCUGCCCUGUGAUACAAGCGCGGCGCCCCCCGCCCCUCCCCGCGCCCUAACCCAAACACGAACGGAACUAAACGUCAUCCCUUUCCUACAAAGGAACACUUUAUUUUAAAAAAAUCGUUCGAUUAAAUAAUUCGAUCGAUUUAAUUAGGUUUCACGUUUUUGAUCAUCUCAUUUUUAUGUUCUCCUUUCGGCACACGCUCGUCACUCGGUGUUUUUUUUUACGUUUUUCCUGAAUUUGUCCGAAUUUUGAAGAAUUUUAAAUCUAGCAGCAUCCUGCUCUUAUUGAUGAAGAAAACAUUUCUUUCUUUCAAAAGUGAACUAUAUCUGAAUCUUUGUUUGGGGAGAUGAAAUAUGUAAUCCAUUUCCAUUCCUGAGCGUGUGUCCGCAUCGCGUUUGUUAGUUUGCGUCGUGGUCGCGUUGUUUUACCAGUUCGCGUGCAGUCUGAAGUGUCAGAUAGUCAAUUAUCGUAAUCAUUAUAUUAUCGCCGCACGCCGCCGCCACACUUGUCAAUGACAGCUUGUAAACAACCUACGUGUGGCGAGCUAUAUAAAGUGUGAACCUUAGGGUAUAUGUAACUUUGGACUCGAAGACUUUAAAGCUUUCUUACAAAGUCAUGUAGAACAUCUAAUUUAACAAAAUGCAAUGAAUAAGUAUGAUUUCUUUCGCCAUUCAGUGAUUAAAAAUAGAUUUUGGAUAAAUAAAUCCUGUACGGACUUGAAAUUUCUUGAAUUGCCUACUUUUACUUUUGAAAUCUACUCCAUCUUGUAAUUAUAUUGACGACUUCUUAGUAUAUUUAAAAGUCAAAUAAAAUGAAAACAUUGCAAAGGUCCAUCGUUACAAAGUUUGAGAACAGAGCGUGGCAGCGGCAGUGCCCCCGCGCCGCCCUCCCUAUAAGUGUUAUACAUACAUUAAAUAGGGCAUUUAGUUAUGGAUGAAAUACAAAACUGUGAAAAAAAUAAAAUAAAAAUAAUAAUCAAGAGUUAUACUAUAGUACGUUAGUUUUAAUUAUAUUUCUGAUAUUAAUUGAUGUUUUGCUAAAAGAUAAUUUAUCUGUGCGUUACGUUUGAUGUCGCGUGGGUGCGCGGGCGCCGGUGUCGCAGCGACCGUGCCAAGCCUUCUUCACCCCGGACAACAUCAUAAACCAUACACAACGAAGCCUGCGUUGUAGCAAUUUUACUUACAAAAAUGUGUACAGUGCGACAAGGAUCUUUAUAAAUGUGAGUGACAGUUCAGGGAGGGCGCCCCUAUCUACGUAAAUGACAUACAAAAUGUGACGUUCAUAAAGACGGCGUGUUUAGUUCCAAUUUUCGCCACAUUUUAAAUGAUCCUCGUCGCACUAUAGUAGCAAUUUUACUUACAAAAACGUGUACUGCGCAAGUUUGUUUGUGUACGGUUUAACUGGAGAUGUUUGCCGCUACCUUUACCUGCAGACGAUCUCGUCAGUCGUCAUCUAAAGUUCCUCCAUCCGCUGCUGUUGUAUCGUACGCGCCGGCCACUCGGCCACGUGCCUCUAUUGAGACCAAAGGACCUAUUUCUUACGUCCGGAAAUAAUCUAUUUAGCACUUUGAUUUCUUGGAAAACAUCUAACAGUUGGGAAAUUAUAAUGUUUGUAUUAUGAAAUAAAAACUCCGUAUUUAAGGAAUAGAUUUUUUGAAGAACCUUAAAUGUGAUAGUGAAACGUUUCAAAUUCAAACCAAGUCGCGCAGUUUUCUCAGCGAGGUAUGGCUUGAUUUUCAAUCGCUCUAACAUCUAAAGGUUCUGGUUUCCAACAUUCCCUAAUUGAGUGCACGCAAAGUGGCCGAGUAUUAGUUAUAAUUGAUCCGCCACAAUAUUAUAAUAACCAUGGAAAAUAUUAUAUUACAUAUAAGCAAUACCACAGUACCUGAAAUUGAUGAAAAAAAAAGGAAAUAAUAUUAUAAAAAUGUAAUAGUUCGGAAAAUAUUGAUUGGAUACAGAAAUAUGAUAACAGGCGGUGUUCGACGAGCAGAUACAGAAACAGGACAGGGUUUGAGUUUAGAGUGCGACUCUCGUGUGUACACCGGCCGCUGAAUGUGAGACCUUCAUUCCCAUUGCCCCAGCGAGGAUUGCCACCGGAGGCAAAUGGGAACAGGUAAAUGGAAAUAAAAAACUAGUGGUUGGCAAUUCCCACGGGGGCAAUGGGAAUAAAGAUUGAGAGACGCAUGCGGUCCUUGUCAGCACGAGACUUCUCGUUCAGCUUGAGUUUAGACGUCGAUUGAUUUAAUUACUCUUGUGUACGUUAGUUCUCAACGGUACAUUGUACUGGGCACAGGGGACACCGGAAACGUAUUUGCCUUUCAAAUGUCAUUGCUUCAUAACGCGCCAUUUAAUAAUUAAGUUUGACGGGGUAGUGUUUCCCGUGUUCUCGUGGUUGUAAAUACGGGCAGGCUGAUUGGACUGUAUUUCGAAUAAAUAUAAUGAUAAGAUCUAUUCGCUUGGGAGAGUGCUGGUAUUAACUUUCAGUAACCGAUUGUCACAUCGGGAGGUGCCGAUUUCGGUGGUAGACGUAACACGCGAGGAGAGACACUUGUUUCUCAGCUCCCCACUGUUUGUAGGGUGCGCGGUAACUUAGGUAAACGGUUGAAGGGAUCAUAAGCGAGGUGUUAGGAUUAGUAUAAGGAUUCCCCCUUUAUUCUCAUUUGUUCGAUUCAUUAGUUCGAUCGUCGAACUAGUGAGAUUUUUUUUUCUCAUUAGUUCGAUCGUCGAACUAGUGA